AUGGUGGUAACGACAGCAAUGAGAGGAGGGUGUCGACGAAAGGGUACUGUAAUGGUGGUGAAGAGUUGGAUGGUAGUAUCAGAGACAGGUGAAUCACGCGUUGAAGAUAUUGACAAACACUCCAUCAUGCAACGAACAGGGUUACCUACGCGUGACCUUAGAGCUCUUGAUCCAAAACUCUCUAACCCUUCUUCUAUCUUAGGACGAGAAAAAGCUAUUGUCGUUAACUUAGAACACAUUCAAGCAAUUAUCACUUCCAAUGAAGUGCUUAUGAUUAAUUCCACAAACCCUUUCUUUCUUCGUUUCCUUCAAGAUCUUCAAGCGCGGCUUCCUCAUUCUAAUAGUUCUAAUAAUAUCCAAAUUGCCAAUAAUGUGGAUGGUGAUUAUGAACAAUUACCUUUUGAGUUUAAAGCUCUUGAGGCUUGUAUUGAAUCUACUUGUACGUGCCUUGAAUCUGAGACUCAAGGGCUAGAAAAAGAGGCUUAUCCAGCUUUGGAUGAAUUGACCUCUCGAAUUAGUACUCUCAACCUUGAAAGUGUAAGGCAAAUCAAGAAUCGUUUGGUCUCACUUUUUGGUCGCGUACAAAAGGUUGCAGAUCAACUAGAAAAUUUGUUGGAUGAUGAUAAUGACAUGGCUGAAAUGUUCUUGACACAAAAACUUGAUGCCCGAUUAUCAGAGCAAACAUCGGCAAAAGAAGGGUAUAAUUCAACAUCUGAUGAAGAUAGAGACGAAAGUGAUGAAUCAGGUUCGAUUAAAGACAAAUCAUAUGAUCCUAAGCCGGAUGUUAAAGAAUUGGAGAUGCUUUUAGAAGCAUAUUUUGCACAGAUAAAUGGAAUUUUGCAAAAAUUAUCCAGUUUGAGUGAGUAUGUGGAUAAUACAGAAGACUACAUCAACAUAAUGUUAGAUGAUAAGCAAAAUCAGCUUCUACAAGUAUCAAUAAUAUUCAACACAAUAAACAUGAUAGUGAAUGCAGGUAUUGUGGUUGUUGGAUUGUUUGGCAUGAAUAUUCAUAUUGAUCUCUUCGAUGGACAACCUCGUCAAUUUUGGGCCACAAUUGGAGGCACGGUCUUAGGUUGCGUCUUAUUAUUCCUUGCUUCUAUUUGGUUUGGUAAAAAAAGAUAUUUGUUGUCUUAA